AUGGACUCCAAGGGCGAGGGCGCUGGUGGUGGCAGCAAAAAGGGCUCGGUGGACAACAGCCAAGGUGCUUCUGGCGGCCCCGAGAGCGGGGAUGUGGCCGAGGGCGCAGUGGCUCAGACCCAGGGUCCCCGGCCUGCCCUGGUGCCCGGUGGUGAACAGGCUCCAGGUGCGGCACCUGGAAGAAUCCUUUUGAUUGAGUUCAUCUUGACCGUGCCUUUCCAGUCCUGCACAGAGGCCGACAUCGCCCGCAGGACCCUCCUCCCAGUGGCCGAGCGCCUGGUUGGGGUGGUCGGCAAGGAUGUCACGGUGAACGGCAGGGACCUGACUGUUCACCUGACUGCAGAUGACUCCAGCAGGCUGCACAUUGCUAUUGCCACCAUGGUCAGCCACCUCCACCAGCUCGUUCAGGCUAUGCAGAACCACUGGUACAGUUGUCUCAGGAACCUGUGGUCCCGCAAGGACGGCUGAGCCUCUCUGUGCUGUCCCUCGCUGUUCUGUCCCUCUGAGGCUGGAGGUGGAAGGGUGGGUCGUAACUCUGUCCAGCACAAAAUAAACGUGAGCUUCCUCU